AGAGAGAGAGAGAGAGAAAUAAGAGAGAAGAUGGGAGGUUGGGCGAUCGCCGUGCAUGGGGGAGCCGGUGUGGAUCCGAACCUUCCGGCGGAGCGGCAGGAGGAGGCGAAGGGCGUCCUCGCCCGGUGCCUACAUAUAGGCAUAACCGCCCUCCGCGGCGGCGCCGCCGCCGUGGACGUGGUGGAGAUGGUGGUCCGGCAACUGGAGACGGACCCGGUGUUCAACUCAGGGCGAGGGUCGGCCCUGACGCGCCGGGGAACGGUGGAGAUGGAGGCCAGCAUCAUGGACGGCCACGGCCGCCGGUGCGGCGCCGUCUCCGGCCUUUCCACCGUCAAGAACCCCGUUUCCCUGGCUCGCCUCGUCAUGGACAAGUCCCCCCACUCCUACCUCGCCUUCGACGGCGCCGAGGAGUUCGCCCGCGAACAGGGUGUGGAAACGAUGGACAACAGCUAUUUUAUCACCGAAGAGAACGUGGGCAUGCUGAAUCUCGCCAAGGAGGCCAACAGUAUCUUGUUUGAUUACAGGGUUCCAGUUACUGGCGUUGAGACAUGCAGCGCCGGCGCUGGCUCCAUGGUCGACAACCCUCUUCAAAUGAAUGGCCUCCCUAUCAGCAUCUACGCUCCGGAGACGGUCGGGUGCGUCGUGGUCGACGGCAAUGGCUGGUGCGCCGCGGCGACCUCCACCGGAGGGCUCAUGAACAAGAUGACUGGCCGCAUCGGCGACUCGCCGCUGAUAGGCUGUGGAACCUAUGCCUGCGAGCUCUGUGCCGUUUCAUGCACCGGCGAAGGCGAAGCCAUCAUACGGAGCACGCUGGCGAGGGACGUGGCGGCGGUCAUGGAGUACAAAGGUCUCGGCCUCCAGGAGGCUGUGGAUUUCGCCAUCAAGAAUAGGCUGGACGAAGGCCAGGCCGGGCUCAUCGCGGUGUCGAGAAAUGGCGAGGUGGCCUGUGGAUUUAAUACUACAGGGAUGUUUAGGGGGUCUGCUUCUGAGGAUGGGUUCAUGGAGGUUGGCAUAUGGGAGUAGGCCUGUUCUUCUUGUCUCUGUCUUGAUGACAACUAUAGCUAUGUCUGCCUUCGUGGCCAAAAGGGAUCCGUCUCUUCCUUAUGAGGGGUCGGUUGGUAAUCAAUAAUCCUUCGUGUUGGAAGGAGAACAGCACUAUAACAAGAAUAUUUUCACUAUUGGCAGGCCCUAUUCUCCAUCUAA